UGGGGAGUCACUCGAUCCUCGGCUCCCCUACAUGGACAAAAUCGGUGGAAACAAGCCCCAGUCCCUGUGUCCCUUACCACCCCCCAGAUCACUGGUGCCCCCGUCUUGGAGAGAGGAUACUCUCGGCCCAUCAUCCCCAAGUUCUCCUGGGCUUCUGAGACAAUGGGAUGCUGAGGAGGAAGAGGAUGGAGAAGGAGAAUAUGAGCUUCCUCCUUGUGAGUCCCUGUCCCUCAAGAUGGCCCCCACCGGUCCCCUCCCCCUGGAGAAGGACAAGCUGUAUCUGAAUCGGUGCAUCACCCCCGGACCUCCCAAACCAGCGCCCCGACCCACCAUGUUGCUGGCUGCCCUGAGCCUACAGGAGGCUGUAGGUGGAGGAGACCACUUUGGGAGGAAAGAUGUGGCUGCAUCUGGAAGCACAGAUCUAGCCAGAGAAGAUGAGUCUGAAGAAGCCAUCUACCUGGAGCCCAGUCUAGCUUCACCUUUAACCCAGGCCUUGGGUCCCCAGGCCCCACCACCCCGAACUGUGAUCCCAAGACCAACAAUGGCCCCCAGAUCUGCCUCCAAGCCUACCUCUGUCUCCCAGGAAGCUUGGAGCGGGAUGGCAGACGUCACUUACAAUGCUGGGAGAAGUGCACUCACAGGCAGCCCCCCUGCAGAUGAGGAUGCCAGCAUGCUGGGUCAGCCGUGGUAUUCAGCACACUGUGACCGCCACACUGUUGAGAAUGCCCUUCUCUACUUCCACAAGGAUGGGACCUACACAGUUCGGCCCAGUUCAGAUCCCCAGGGAUCGAAACCAUUCACCUUGGCUGUGUUCUUCCAUGGCUAUGUCUACAAUAUCCCCAUCCGGUGGCUAGAUGCCCAGCGACAAUAUGCUCUAGGUCGGGAGGGCAAGAGCUAUGAAAAGCUCUUCCCCACCGUGGCUGCCAUGGUCCAGCAUUUCUCCCAGAACCCUCUCCCCCUGGUGAACAGACACACUGGCAAGCGGCAGCACACUCGUCUCCUCUUCCCCACCAAGCCCUGACCUCCCCCUGUGGAAUGUAAGUUGUUAGAGGGCAGACACUAUUUCCCUCUUGUCUUGGUGACUGCAUCACCUAGCACUGGGUCAGGCACCUAGCGGUGACUUAAUAAAUGCUUGUUGCUGAAAAUUUGUCAAUACUUUUCUUUAACAUAAGCCUUAUUUGCCCAGCAUACCUAUUAUAGUGAGUAAGCUCUUUCCAAACAGGUGG